AAAAUUUCUGUGUUCCUAAAUAACUGUAAAGUAAGAACUUAUGUUAAAAGGAGAAAAGCGUGAUUUUAGUACGUUGAAGUAUGGAAUUUUCACUUUUCCGCUUUGUUUGUACUUUCAUUCUUAUUUCAAAGAUGCGAAAUCGUUUUUUUUCUCUUUGAUGAAAAGAACAUCAACAUCAUUAAACAAAAUGUAUGCAUUAUUCGGUCUAAUUAAUCAUUAAAACCUAAAUGCAAUAUAUGAAAAGCAUUAUCCACAUUUUUAUUUAUAUAGGGUUGUGCAUAACCUUUUGCUAGGGGGGUAGCGCCAUUAUUUCAAGUUGAAUACCUAAUGAAUUUUAUACCAAAUUAAAGAGCGUUGAAAAAUGGAUUUAUUAGUACUAAAUAGUAAGAGUUUUCAAAAUAUUUUAAUGUGGAACUUACGAAAUUUUCGGAAAUUUUAUGCUUUUUUUACCAUAGAAAAUGAAGGCACCACCAAUUCAAAUAUAGAGUAAGAUAUUUUCUUUUGAUAUUUUUAUAUGGUUCGAUAGAGCUCGUCGAGCUCUACAAAACUGUAUGUAUCAGAAAUUUUUUUAGCCAUUUUUUCAGAUAAAAAAUUUAAAAAAUGACUUGUAAAAUCCUAAAAAAUCUCUAGAAACUCGUUUUUUUAUAUGGAAGAAAAACACUUGAUUUUUUCAAUGAAAUUAGCUUUUUUCAUUAUUUUUAUUGAUAAAGACACUUCGAAAUAUACUCCUCCGGUGCAGCGUGAAAAACUGCGUCUGACGAGUAUAUCUCGAAGCGUCUUUGCUAGUAAAAAUAAUGAAAAAAUCUAAUUUUAUUGAAAAAAUCGAGUAUUUUUCUUACCUAUAAAAAAUUGCCGGUGCCUUAAUUUUUUACGCUAAAAAAAGCAUAAAAUUUCCGAAAAUUUCGUAAGUUCGACAUUAACAUAUUUUGAUAACCCUUACUAUUUAGUACUAAGAAAUCCAGUUUUCGACGCUCUUUAAUUUAGUAUAAAUUUCAUUAGGUAUUCAACUUGAUAUAAUGGCGCUACCCCCCUAGCAAAAGGUUAUGCACAACCCUGUAUAUUCGUCUUAUUACUUCAAAACUAAAUAAUACUGUCUGUAGACAAUACCUGAGUCUACAAACUUUCUUUCCAAUAUACAAACAAAACAAAAAAGCUUGUAUAAUUGAAUGAGAAGUUCAAAACUAGUUUCAAACGGUACAAAUCCUUCAUUGGAAUCUCUAAAUCAUGGUAUAACAAAAAUGUUGGUUUCAAGACUGGACAGAGUCUCUAAGGGAAAUUUUCGGAGUUUGCUCUUACUAACAAUUCAUAAACAAUCAAAGUCGAAUGAAAGCAGGUAUACCCCAUUUUUCUUGAGAUAGCCGACACAUCCAUUUCCAAGUGUCUUUUCGUUUCUUCCAACUAUGGACCUUUGUCCUUAGAUAUCAAAUGUAAUUUGAAUUGAAAAAGAAACAAGCGGAGAAUAGUCAAAAGGUAUUAUGUCAUGUAAACAUGUUUACAUCAGUGCAAUGUAUUCAUCGAUAUGAGUAUGCUCCAUGUGUUUUAUGUGUUCGUAAAGUAUAGAGUAUACCUUAUUUUAGUCUUGAUUACUUAGGCACAUGUGCAAGUGUGUAUUGUAGAUAAGCAUCUAUUAACCUUCACUGUAAAAUAUGUGAUUAUUUUCACUCUUUCUCUCUUUCUUUCUGGUUGUAGCUAUUCAAUAAGCACAUAAAAAAAUAAAAUAUGCACAUUAUUUUUGUGUAUUUGAAAUCAUGAUAUUCUGCUCGAAAGAAUGUUUAAGUAUGAUUUGAAUUUAAUUCUAGAAUGGUCAAUAGUACAAAAACGAAAAAUUUUAUGUUUUUCUUAUUCAUUAAUCAACAUAGCUAAACUAUCGGUGUUUAAGUAACGAUUAAUAUCAAUUUGAUAUUGUACUAGUUUGUGUCAUAAGUUAUACUGAUAUUUAUAUAUUUUAGAUAUGAUACGUUUGUGCACAACUCCAUUUUGGGUGUGUAUGUUUUCUAUGAGCUAUUUCUUUUUUUCUAAAAGAAAUUAUUUAGGAUAAAAAUGUGACUAAUUUACCAUAUCCAUAUUUAACUGAAUGUUUUCGAAAUACAAUUUUACAAUGGGUACCUAUAAGUAUUUUUUGGUUAAUUUUACCAUUAUGGCUUUAUAUAUUAAAUAAACGACAAUUAAAAUCACAAGCACUUGUAGUUUCUCUACUAUUGAUUAUUAAAAUGAUAUUUGCUUGUCUAUUUAUUUUGAUACAAAUUUUUCGUCUUGUUCAUUAUGUUGUUCUAUGGACAGAUGAAAAGGGUCUAGCUUAUGUAUUGACGUCAAUUUUAUAUAUAAUAACAAUAAGUUUUAUUCUUUGGUUAAUGAAUUAUGAUCGAUUGAAGAGUGUUUUUUCUUCGGGUUUACUUUUUAUUUUUUGGUUAUUAGUCUGUUUAGCAAUUCUACCUGAUAUAAUUGAUUAUUCUGUUAAAUUUUAUCAACAAAUCAAAUCAAUAUCAUUAUGGAUAGAAUUUAUUAUUGUUUGGUUUCAAUUUUUGUUUGCAUUUGGUUUAUUUAUAACAAAUUGUUUUGCUGAAAAAUAUAUUAUUGCUCAUCAAACAACACUUGAUGAACGACCUAUUGUUCCUGAAUUUCAUGAAAGUUUUCUAUCGCGAAUAUCUUAUUCAUGGGCAACACCAUUAAUUCUUCGAGGUUAUAAAAAACCACUUACAGAAAAAGAUUGUUGGGAUUUACCAAUAUCUGAACGAACUGCUGCUGUUGUUCAUCAAGUACGAAAUUAUAUGAAAGGUUGGACAUCAUGUGAAAAAAAUUCAAUAAAUAAUAUUAAACUUUCUUAUUCAAAUCAAGCAGAAGAUGAACAUCAAAAUUUGCUUGAUAAUGUUCCAAUGGUUGAUGUGAAAAAAUCGUCAUCGAAAUCUAAGAAAACAUCUAUUUUUUGGUAUGCUUUAUUUUGCACAUAUAAAGAUAAACUUUUUAUUGGUGGUUUCCUCAAAUUUCUUCAUGAUAUUAUACAAUUUAGUGGUCCUAUGAUAUUAAAAUUACUUCUUAAUUUUUUUACGGAUUCAACAAAACCAAAAUGGUUAGGUAUUUUCUAUGCAAUCCUUUUAAGUAUAACAGUUUUUUGUCACAUAAUACUUUUACGAGCUUAUUUUCAUCAACAAUUUCUUAUUGGACUUCGAUUUCGUUCAGCAGUUACUGGACUUGUAUAUCGAAAGAGUUUGAAAUUAUCAAAUUCAUCUAAACAGGAAACAACAACUGGUGAAAUUGUUAAUCUGAUCGCUAUUGAUGCUUCAAGAUUUAGUGAAGUAACUCAACAUAUUCAUAUAUUAUGGUCAGGUCCACUUCAACUUUUAAUUGCAUUAAUAUUACUCUAUCAACAAAUGAAAUUUGCUAUAAUACCUGGUGUUACAUUAUUAUUUAUUAUGAUUCCAUUGAAUUUAUAUUUACAAAGAAUUCAAAAACAACUUACAUUAAAACAAAUGACAAUUAAAGAUCAACGUAUUAAAAUGACAAAUGAAAUACUUAAUGGUAUUCGAGUAUUAAAAUUAUAUGCAUGGGAAAUAGCAUUUAUACGUACAAUUACUCAUAUUCGAGAAAAAGAACUUGAAUAUAUAAGAAAAAAAGCUAUUGUUAGUACUAUAUCAAAUGUUCUUUGGACAUUUACACCAAUUCUAAUUUAUAUAUUUGUUAAGGUUGGUAUAAUGACAUUUUCAACUUAUGUUCUUUUAUCAGAUACGAAUGUUUUAACAGCUGAUAAAGCCUUUGUAUCAUUAGCAUUGUUUAAUCUACUUCGUAGUCCACUUGUUUCUUUUCCUACUGUUUUUAAUAAUGUUGUUGAAGCACGUGUAUCAAAUAAACGUAUUGAAAAGUUUUUGCAUACUGAAGAAAUUGAUGAAAAUGCAGUUGAAAGAAUACCUUUUGAGUCAAAUAAAUAUGCAAUAAAAAUUGAAAAUGGUUCUUUUCGUUGGUCAAAUCUUAAUGAUGAUUCAUUAGUUUUAAAAAAUAUCAAUAUUCAAAUUGAACAAUGUUCACUUAUUGCUUUUGUUGGUAUGGUUGGUUCAGGUAAAAGUAGUAUUUUAGCAGCAUUACUUGGUGAAAUGAAUAAAAUUCAUGGACGUGUGUGUGUCAAUGGAACUAUUGCUUAUGUACCACAAACAGCAUGGAUUAUGAAUACAACAUUAAAAGAAAAUAUUCUUUUUGGAAGAGAUUUUAAUAAGAAUUUAUACAAUCGUAUAAUUGAAGCAUGUGCUUUAAAACAAGAUCUUGAAAUGCUUCCAGCAAGUGAUGAAACUGAAAUUGGUGAAAAAGGUAUUAAUUUAUCUGGUGGACAACGACAACGUGUUUCAUUAGCUCGAGCAUUAUAUAGUAAUGCUGAUAUAUAUCUUCUUGAUGAUCCACUUUCAGCUGUUGAUGCACAUGUUGGUACUUAUAUUUUUAAACAUACUCGUCUUUUGGUUACACAUGGUGUAUCUCAUUUAAAUAAAUGUGAUGAUAUUAUGGUUGUUUCACAAGGUGAAAUAGUUGAUCAUGGAUCAUAUCAUGAUUUGAUGAUUAGAAGCACAAUUUUACAAGAUUUUGUUCAUUCUGUUGCUACGUCUCGUACAGAACACUAUCAACAUCAAACAAGUGAUAUUGAAAGUCCAAAAAGUAUUCCUACGACUCCAUCAGAAUUAAUUCAUAAUUCAUUUGAAUUUACUGAUACUAAUAUUCAACAAGAUGAAUUACAACCAAUUAUAAUUGAAAUAGAAGAAGAAAAGAAAAAGAUCAUUCAAAACGAAGCUAUACAGACAGGUUCAGUAAAAUUAAAUAUAUUUUUAAUUUAUAUACGUUCAUGUAAAUUAAUAAUGAUUACAUUAAUUAGUUUAUUUUUUUCUUUAACAAUAUUUGCUACUCUAAGCACUAAUAUUUGGUUAUCAAAAUGGACAGAUGAAGUAAAAGUAAUAAAUAUAACAAAUACUAAAUCAUCAAGGACUAGUCAAAUUUAUUAUAUGAAUAUUUAUUCAAUAUUGGGAAUUAUUCAAGGUUUCCUUGCAUUCGCUAUGCAAUUAAGUCAAAAACUAGCUGGAUAUAUCGCCGGUCGACAAUUACAUGGGAUUAUUCUUAUAGGAAUUCUUCAUGCACCAAUGUCUUUCUUUGAUACAACACCAAUUGGUCGUAUUAUUAAUCGAUUUUCGAAAGAUAUUGAUUCAGUUGAUUCUGCAUUACCAAAUGCUUUUUCUCAAGCAUUAACAACACUUAUUACAGUUAUUGCUACAUUAAUUAUACUCACCUAUGGAUCAUGGUUUGCUAUAAUUGAAUUUAUACCACUUGCUUUUCUUUUUAUAUAUAUUCAGCGUAUUUAUAUAUCGUCUUCUCGACAAUUGCGUCGUCUUGAUUCAGUUACACGUAGUUUAAUAUUUGCAAAUUUUAGUGAAACAAUUCAAGGUCUUAGUUCGAUACGUGCUUAUCAUGCACAACAACGUUUUAUUGAUUUAUCUGAUAAAUAUAUGGAUAGAAAUCAAUCAUGUAAUUUAGCUAGUUCUGUUUCAAAUAGAUGGCUUGGCUUUCAUUUAGAAAUGAUUGCUAAUUUACUUACAUUAUUAAUAGCUAUAACAGCUGUAUUUAUGCGUAAUUAUUUAACAGCUGGUACUGUUGGUUUAAUGAUAACUUAUGCUUUACAAAUUACACAUUCUUUCAAUAUGCUUGUUCGUACAUCAAGUGAUAUUGAAACAAAUAUUGUUAGUGUUGAACGUAUUAAUGAAUAUGGUCAAUUAACACCUGAAGCUCCAUGGGAGAUUCCACUAACAAAACCAUCACCUCGUUGGCCAACUAAUGGAAAUAUACAGAACUUAUCAUUACGAUAUAGAGAAAAUUUGCAAGUAGUAGUCAAAGAUUUCUCGAUCAAUAUUCAAUCUGGCGAAAAGAUUGGAAUUAUUGGUCGUACGGGCAGUGGAAAGAGUAGUUUAUGUUUAUCGCUUUUUCGUAUGAUUGAACCAACCAAUGGUACAAUUAUUAUUGAUGAUGUUGAUAUUUGCCUUAUUGGUUUACAUGAUUUACGAUCAAAGAUAACUAUUAUUCCACAAGAUGCAAUCAUAUUUGCUGGUACUGUACGAUUCAAUAUUGAUCCAUUUAGUAAUUAUAGUGAUAUAGAAAUAUGGACUGUAUUAGAAUUAGUACAUUUAAAAGAACGUAUUCAUAUGAUGGAAAAUGGUUUAUUACAUCUUUUAGCAGAAGGAGGUCAGAAUAUGAGUGCUGGUGAAAGACAAUUAUUAUGUUUGGCACGUGCUCUCUUAAGAAAAAGUAAAAUAUUUAUAUUUGAUGAAGCAACUGCUGCGACUGAUAUGGAAACAGAUCGACUCAUUCAACAAACUAUUCGUUUAAGAUUUAAACAUGCAACUGUAUUAACAAUUGCUCAUCGUUUGCAUACAAUUUUAGAUAGUACUAAAAUUCUUGUUUUAUCGAACGGUUCUUUACAAGAAUAUGAUGAGCCAAUACGUUUAGCUGCUAAUCCAAAUUCGUCAUUUGUUAAACUUUUACGUGGUGCAAAUAUUCAUCCAUCGGAUAUUAAAUCAAUCGCUUCGUUCUAA